AUGCCUUGGAUCGUCCUAAACCACAGCUAUGAAUUUGGCAAUUUUGAUUCCAUUUCCUCUUUAUAUUAUUUUGCCGAUAGCAUUGAACAUGGAGAUCUAUACUAUUCUGAAUUAUAUCCUACUGAUAUGGAUCAAGCAUUAGUUAAAACUUGGACUGCUGAUCUAUUUUAUAGUUUACUUCAUUCUUCGAAAAAUCAUAUUUUUAUCACAUUAUAUUCUUCACUUGAUGAUCAUACCGAAAAUAUUUUAAAUUUAUUGGAAUUACUGGCCAAAGAAGUUAAAGAUCUUAAUGUUGAUGUGGUGAAAUUUGAUAUAAAACUUAACUAUGUGGACUUGGAAUAUGCUCAGAAGAAAUAUCCGGCUUUUUAUUUUAUUCCCAAGCUAAAUAAACGUGAUAGUCGACUUUAUGCAGAUAAUGACUUAAAUUUGGAUAAAAUUUUAGAUUUUAUUAAAAUUAAUGUAGAAGAAAAUUCAAUUUGAUUUUUUGUUAAUUUUUAAUUAAUUUUUAUUAAAUAAAGUAAUAACAAUAACAAAAAUAAACUUAUUAA